AUGGCUACGGGAGAAGGGCCCAACCGUGGCCCAGAGCUUCUCGCGGUCAACAUUUUCUUUUGCGUGCUUGCAGGCGUCAUUGUCUUGUUGCGAUGCUACUCUCGCGCCGCCCUCAUCAAGGGGUUUGGCCUUGACGACUGGCUCAUGAUCCUUUCCACCCUCUUCUUCCUUGCGUACUGCGUCAUGUCCAAUUUGGGUGUCAAGCAUGGCACCGGCCAGCACCAGGGCAGCCUGGCAAAAGAGGACAUUAAGCAGGCCACGAUGUACUGGUGGUUCUGUUACAUCUUCUUCAGUUUGACAAUGAUCACAUCCAAGGUGUCUUUCGCUUGGUUCCUUCUCCGAAUCACGACAACUAGAUCCCACUCCCUCAUCAUUUACGGCGCGUCGCUCUGCACAGUUGUCGCAGGAGGCGUAUUCUUCUUCGUGACGCUCUUUCAGUGCAAUCCGAUAUCCUCAUACUGGGACAAGGAUCAAGGCGGGCACUGCCUCAACAUGAACAUCAUCAUGGCCCUCGCAUAUCUCUACAGCGUCUUCAGCGUGAUCACAGACUUCACUUUCGCGAUACUCCCAGGGUUCAUCAUUUGGCACCUCAAGUUAAAGACUAGAGCCAGGGUGGCCCUCAUAGGUCUGGUGGUAAUGGGAUGCGCCGCAAGCUCAGCUGUCGUGGUGCGCUGCGGGUAUCUCGUCAGGUUCAAAGAUCCAGACUUUUUAUGGGCUACUACCGACAUCGCGAUAUGGUCGACCGUCGAAAUGGGCCUCGCCAUCAGCGCCGCGAGCCUGGCCACACUGCGGCCCCUCUUCAAAAUGGUCGCGUGGAGACUGGGUAUCGCAUCCCGGCAGACCACGUCUGCCAGAACCCCGUACGGGGCCAGCAUUCCGCAAGGUCGGGCCCCGAACAGCACACACGGAGUCGACACCUUCGACAAUCGCGUAUACGUUCUUUCCGAGUUCACACAAGGCACUAGCAAAGUCGAACGAUUUGCGGACUGGAAAGUGGGCACGCAUACGGUGGCGUACGCCGAGCAUCACAAGAAGAACAUGUCAGAUCAUGACGUCCACAUGACGACGGGCAGCGUCGACAGCCAAGAGAACUUGAACAGAGAGCAGUUCAAAGGCAUGUAG